CAAAUUUGUGACGGGUUCAUUGUUUGUUUUCAACGUAUACGAGGACGCUAUUAAAAAAACAUUCAACUUCACGCAAACUGAGGUUCAACUGCAGUCCUCCCUGCUGAACAUUGGACUUGGAUUUGGAUUUGUCCCCGGCAAGUUCUAUGACAACUUCGGACCCCAAUGGACGUCACUAGGGGGCGUGAUUGUGUCUGUGGUUGCCUACACUCUGCUUUGGAGUACAACAAAAUAUGUUACAUUCUACAAAACCAAGAGCUGGUUGAUGGCUAUCUACUUCUUCCUGUCAGGCCUGGGAUCUGUUUUUACGUAUAUGGUGGCGCUAAACACAAAUGUUAUCAAUUUUGACGAGAAACACAGAGGCAAAAUUGUUGGACUACUUAAUGCUUGCUUCGCCGGAAGUCCUUCUAUAUUCGCAGUAAUUUAUUAUCACGUGAUAGGAAAUCCGUCAAGCAGCGAAAGCUUCACUACAAUCAUGCUGCUGUUUGCCAUAGCGUUUGGUGUUACGGAUAUCAUAUGCAUGAUAUUCCUGAGAAUUUACCCCAAACCAUUGGAGCUUUCAGAACACCGUGAAAUGAAAACGAACAUUUCAGUCGAAGAUUCACAAUCCAAGACUUGUUGUGAUAAUAUGAAAAACAGAAGGAAUAAUGAGGGGACACCGCUCCGCGACCUUUUACGAAAUGUUGACUAUUAUAUCUUCACUUUGACGUUUACUUUCUCUUCUACUGUCGGGCUGGUCUAUGUGGUCACUCUGACACAAACAACCGACGCUAUGAACUUUUCGUCACACGACCCUGACGUGGUGCUAAUCGUUCCAAUCACGAAUGCCUUGAUCAGCGUUAGCAUAGGUAUAUUCUCCGACUACUUCAGGGAAAGGUUUCCUCGGCUAGCCAUCUUGAUCGCAGGGUGUGUAGUUUUCACGGUGUGUCAGCUUAUUAUAGUAUUGCUGGCAGACGGCUACGCUUGGAUUGUGCUUGCGACUGUAUUCUGUGGGAUAGGCAUUGGCUUGGUCUGGUCCAUAGCUCCUACCGUUAUGAGCGAGUACUUCAGUGUUGAAAACCUUGGACGGAACUGGGGUUUAGCUAUGUUCUUUGGGUCUUUGGUGGGCUUGGGAGCGCAGGAAAGUUUUGGUGCUUUUUACGAUGCUGCUAAGAAAGACCCUGGUGACUUAAACUGUUACGGGAUCGAGUGCAUUCGCAGAGGACAUGCAGUAGUGCUUGCGUCUGGCAUUGCAUCCAUUAUUCUUGGCGUAAUACUCUUAAUCAAACGGCGGAAUUUUAGGCCAAAUGGAUUCGAGAGGUUUUGAUACACUUCGGCAUGAAUCCUGAGAUUUCGAACCCUAAAUUCGAAGUUGGGUCGUAUUAAUUGAUCUCAUUGUGACAUGCUAAUCUAAAUGCCUCAUUAUUACACCGUGUCGGGUAUUAAAAAUAGGGAGUUCAGAAAUGUGCUUUAAUUUAUGGUGUGAUCUUUGCAUCAUCUUUUUAGUCAUCCUAGAUUGUUUUACUCGAUUAUUUUGAAGUUUCCAAGUUUGCAUUGAUAAUUUGCUCGCUGUAAUAAGCAUGGGGAAAUGAAUAGGCUACGCAUGACAAAACGACUGAGAAAACUAAUUUUAAAUACAUUAUUUCAUGAUACCACAAAUUUGCCAAUGAACGCAUUAUCAACAUGUCUUUAUAGGGAAAUUAUUGCUUAUUAUAAAGACAGGUUCCCCCUUUUACCAUUACGUUAAACAUUAAGUACACGUAUAGUUAUAAACACACUCCUUAUAUGAGACGAUUUUCUAUGUCUAGUAGAUUACCGUC